GAGCUAGCUGGUUGCACCUCCACCCCCGUAGCCUUAAGACACCACUCCCCUCCUCGUCUCACUCCGUCGUUCCUGUCAACACUCUCACGCACCACUGAGGACACUUUAACAUUAGAUUCACUUUCCACACUUCUUACAGCCAUUUAGUCCGCUGAGGGCGUGUGUUUCCUCGUGCGGGUUGGUUGGUCUGAGGUCUGGUGCUCACAGUUGGACCAUGUCAUGCUGGCUGUAGCAGCAUGUUGAAGGGAGCUCUUGUUUUGUACUAUUUCUUUGCACUUGAUCAGCCGCUCUGGGCUCAGGAUGAUGUCACAGCUGCUGCCAUCACUCCUCAGGACUGCAGCCUGGACUGUAUACGACAGGGUGGACCUGGAUGUGAAUACUGCAGAAUAACCAGAGCUGAUGUCAGAAAGGCUCUGGGAUUUAACUCCCUUCAAGCAUUUGGAAGUUGUAUUCCCUGGCCAUGUUUCAAGUUGCUUGGGGAGGAGGACCCUAAAAUCUGUCAGCACUACGUCCAAGCACCAAAUGAUGUAAAGGUUGAGGUUGUCAAUGAGCUAAACCCCAAAUCUGACGCCAUUGUUGUCUCCUGGAAGCCAAGCUACUAUGGAAUUGCCUUCCUGCGAGGCUUUCAGGUAUCCCUGCAGGCUUUGGGAGGGUCAAGUGUUGCUUGUCAGCUCUUUCUCUUUCACCGUAACCUCUCCCUCCCAGCUUCACACGCUGAAAUGGUGUACAAGUCAGACCCUUUCCCCGGCCUCCCCCUUGGGUCCCAGUAUGCUGUAACUGUCAUGGCUCUGCCAGUGCCUGAGGAGUGGGAGAGGUUCUACCGCAGCAAGAUCUUCUCCACACGCUCAUGUGCAGAGAAGAAUGGUCUUGAGCAGUGCAAAAAAGACUGGUACCCCAAACAUAUUGAGGUCCAGCAGGAAGGGACUGCCAUCACCGUGACAUUUAAUCUGGCUCCCCCGAACCUGGGCAUCAGAAGCUACUUCUCACUGUGUUACGCGAACGGCAAGAAGAAAUACACAGACAUCACGCCUAAUUCCAGCAAAAACAAAACUCACCACAGCUACCAGCUGAAUGAUCUUCAAGAAGGAACCAAUUACACAUGUGAGAUUGCAGCCAAUGAAGUGGAUGCAGUGAGGAAAACAUUCAGUGUUCAGGUCAUGCACAUUCAAAAUGGAGGUUCUUCAACACGCUCUGUCACCCCCUCAUUGGCUCUGAUGAUUCCACUGUGCCUGGCUGUGGUAGCCAUAAUUGUAGUCCUACUCUUUGCUCUCAUCAGGAGGAGGACCAGGCUACAGAUAACGAAUCUUGACAUAAAACCAGAUCUUAUCAAGCAGCAUAAAGAGAGCGGGACUCAGGAGGAAGUGACAUCACUGCAAAGAAACAGGCUGACCCCUCCUCGUCUUCUGAUUUGCUACAGCAGCACUGAUGGCCCUGCUCACGUCAAAGCUGUCAUGCAGUUAGGGGCCUUCAUACAACAGCACAUGGCCACUCAGGUGUGCCUGGACCUGUGGAACUCUCUGAGCGUGGCUGAGGAGGGCAGUAUGGCCUGGCACUGCCGACAGAUUAGGGAGAGCGACUUCAUCUUGGUGAUCUGUUCCCAAGGCCUCAACCACAGACCGCAGCCUCCACAGGGUGGUGAUGAUGGCGAGGAAGUAGACAGAGAGCUUGUCUUUGGGUCCAACACCUUUAGCUCCAACGCAGCCGUCCAACUUAUCGGAGAGGAGGUGGGCCGAGCCAAAACCAGGGGCCAGGACCUGUCCAAAUACAUGGCAGCCAUUUUUGAGUACUCUAAGGAAACGGACAUCCCCACUGAGCUGAGGCUGGUAUCUCACUACAUGCUGCCAAGAGACUUACAGCUGCUCUUCUCUCACCUCCACGGGGUGGCUCUGCACAGGCCGGGCUGUUACCUGAAGGUAAACCAUAUCUCAGAGGAAGGCUUUACUGAGUUACCGGCCGGAGCAGCUCUGCAGUGGGCUAUCUAUGAGGCUCGGAUGGCAAUGACGGCAAAAAGGCAUCACUAUGCAGAGGGAGGGGACUAAGCAGUAAAAAAAAGAAUCCAUACUCCCUGACUUAAUUAUAGUUCUCAACCCAGUGUAGGAGAAAGAUAGGCCUGAUGAAAACUACCAGAAAAACUGGCCAGACAAGAGAAGCUGUGAGCUCACAGCUGGAACAUCUACAUCCUUGCUGCUCUGCCCUUAAGAAAUCGACUAACGACCUAUGCCUCAGUUGUGGCAGCCACCGUGCACUUUGACCUCUUAAAUGUGUUACAUGCCACGUAUGUGUGUGUACAAUAAGGAUAUGUAAAAAAAAAAAAAAAAAAAAG